AUGGGAGCGCAUACGUAUAAUCAGUGGUCUCUCUUGCUCGACAGAUGGGUUGAAAAGCCUCCACCUGAUUACCUUCAAUCGACUCCGAUUUGGGUCCAAAUGAGGAACAUACCAGUUAAUCAUCAUACUAAGGAGGCUAUCAAGAUCUUCGCUGAAUUUGCUGGUCCUGUCAUUCAAGUUGAGUAUGAUCCAUCAAUCUCUCAGAAUAAGGACUUUGUGCGGGCUGAAAUUCUCUUUGAUGUAUCAAAAUCUCUCAGGCGCUCCAAAGUGAUCAAUCUGCCUUCGGGAGAACCAAUCACGAUUCUGUAUGACUAUGAAAGGAUCCAGAAGAGAUGUUACUUUUGUCAACGUCUCACACAUGAAAGGGAAAAGUGCCCUUUGUAUCUUCAGAAGCAAAAAGAUCUACAAAAGAAAGAUAAGAAUAAUUUUGUCCAUGACAGAUCAACGGUCUUAUCUUCUUUCAGUUAUCCGGUCAUGAAUUUUCAAGAAGAACCAGUGAUGGUCUCCCCAAUUGAAAAAACUGCUAUUCCAGUACAACCUACCAUGGAAGCAGAGUCAAAAGGAAAUCUCCUUGAACCUCUUCAUCAGAGUUAUCCAGAAGAUGAGGAUACAAUUUUCUCAGAGAACCCUUCUUCACCAUCGUCCUCAUACAUGGUUCUAACUCACUUACCUGAACCGGAGAAACUUUACGAAGUUCCCUUGGCAUCUUCAUACGUCUUUGAUAUUCUCAACUCUGAAGCUGGAACCUCUGAGUCCUCGAAGGCAAACUCCAACUGCAAAAACAAGUCCCUGAAGCCAGCAAGAAACAAAAGAGGUACUACCAUGUCUCCUCCUCUUCUUAAUUCUGAGUCUUCUUUAGAUUCAGGAACUCUCUGGUUAGGCAAAAGGAAAAGCUCUUUUGAAGGAAAAACUAUCCACAAAGUGGCCAAGUCCACAAACCUUAAGAUGGUCCCAAAUAAGGGACCAUCGAAUAUCUAA